AUGGAUCCUCGUCACAACCCGCCGCCCGGACCCACGUCCAGUCAUGCCCAGUGCGGCGACAACAUGAUGAGCGUCGCAGCCGUGAUGAGCGGUGAGACCGAGUCGGGUGCUGACGCGGCCAGCGUGACCAGCGAGACCAUCACGAGCGCCGCAUCUGCGUCUGGCGGCGAUGAAGCUGAGCAGCCCCUGCCGCCCACGACCCUAGAAGAGAUGCCCGAGAACCCAACCGAACCGAGUCGCGAGAACCAAUCCUCCAAAGUCUCGGAUGAAGACGCAGACUAUGAGAAGCGCAUGGAAGAGUAUGAUCGACGCCAUCAAGAACGUAUGGACAAGUACUUCGGUCCGCCGCCUGACGAUGAUGCGGAUGAUGAUGAUUCUGUAUACUCGAUCGACUCUUUCACCAAAAAGCUUAUCUCGCCAUGGGACCCCGAAACCGACAUCAUCGUACACGUAGCACGCCCCGAAGACCGCGACGAUCCGACCCCGUUGCCGCCACAGAUCGAGACCAGCGUGGAGUUCAUUGACGACUACAUCGAAGAGGACUGGCAACAGGCCUACAAGCCCGGAACCUCCAUCGUCCUCGUGCCCCACAAGCCCGCCAACCCGUACGGCUAUGCCGCCUACGCGACCCCGGCGAACGUCAACCCCUCCGACUGGGGUUACAAGGAGCGGUUCCUGGAGCGAUCGCGCUCCGAACACGCCCUCCACCAUCGGCCGACCCCGUACACGUCCAUGACCGAGAAACAGCGCAGAGCCGCCGGCCUGCCCCCUCCCUUCGAAAGGGACUACUCCGAACACCCAACCGAGCCCCAAGCUUCGGUCUCCCUCAAGCUGGUGAAGUUCCUCUCAGGCGGGCCCUGGUCAGGCCCAGCGGUGUUCCUUUGCGAAGUCACGCAAGGCGCCCGCGCCUUCGGCAUGCCCCAGCGCGUCGUCGCAAAGUUCCAAGACCCGAUGUUCUUCCAGGCCAGCCCCCCGCCCGACCAACCCUUCUUCAACGAGUUCGACCGCGCCAACUUCAACCUAAGCCGCGAGGCCGGAGCGUACGAGCAGCUGCGCGAGAAAAGCUGCCACGGCGACCCGCACCUCGCGCCGGCGUACUUCGGCGCCUUCACCGCCGAGAUCCGCACCACCAACCCGGCUCUCAUCGGGGACGAACCGUUCCUCCCCCGCAGCGUCGGCGUCAUCCUCCUCGAGCACAUCGACGGCGUCUCCAUAUCCUCCCUCUGCGACAGACAAGGCCCCGAAGGCGCCCUCACGCCGCGGUAUCACGACGCCCCCCGCAACGCCUUCGGCCAGCUGGACAUGAGCCCCGCCAGCCGGCUGGACAUGCUCAAGACAUUCAUGGACGGCUUCGUCCGCCAGCUCUUCGCGGGGGUCUACCAAGAAGAGGAAAUCAGCCCCAACCACAUCCUCGUCGCCCCGGCCGCGCACGGCCGGGCCCGCGUCGCGAUGAUCCACUACCGCGACUCGUUGGUCGACUGCAAGAGUAAGAAGCCACAGGGGAAAUACGAUGAUUUCCCCCACCCGCCGCACCCCUACACCAUCUUCAAAGACGCGUACCACCUGAAUGCGCUCGAGGGAUGGUUCCCUUGCAUGUGGAUGGUUAAGGACAAUGAUGAGCUUGAGGAGUGGCUGAUCAAGACCUUCGACGACGACGCCUUUGGACCCUACCACCCUCUGAAAAUCGGAACAAGUGACAGCGGUGGAGAAAAGAAAGCUGGAGAAGCAGUCUGA